UGCCGCCACUGGAACCGGGAGAUGCGGCGCUGGGGCCGUCGCUGGGUCGGCUUUCACCUGGGUCUCCUCUCGUCUCGCGGCGCCUUCCGCGGUUGCGGUCAUGUUGUUACCCUCGGACGUGGCCCGGCUGGUCUUGGGUUACUUACAACAAGAAAACCUCACUUCUACCUGCCAGACUUUUAUUUUGGAAAGUUCAGAUUUAAAAGAAUAUGCAGAACACUGUACAGAUGAAGAUUUUAUUCCAGCCAGCUUACUGUCCUUAUUUGGAAAAAACUUGACAACAAUUUUGAAUGAAUAUGUAGCUAUGAAAACAAAAGAAACAUCAAAUGAUAUUCCAGCAGUAAUGUCAUCUCUGUGGAAGAAGUUAGACCAUACACUUUCUCAGAUCAGGAGCAUGCAAGGUUUCCCAAGGUUUACUGCCAAUCAGACAGCCCGAACAAGAAGUGGAAUUGCAGAAAUCAAACGGCAGAGAAGGCUUGCAUCUCAAACAGCUCCCGUCAGUUCAGAGUCGCUGACUUUACCUUGCCUUUCAGGACAAUUUACCACUUCUCCUUUGACAGGUACACAAGUUGUUCGACCAAGUGGCCAAAUUUCAAAUCCAUUGAAGUCAUAUUUUGUAGUGGUCAACCAUUCACAGUCACAAGAUACUGUAGCCACUGGAGAGACUUUAAAUGUCAUUCCUGGUUCUCAGGAAAAGAAAACUCAUGCCAAUUUAAUGUCUCCUGGUAGACGCAAAAGUGAAUCUCAAAGGAAAAGUAUCACUUUGUCUGGACCUCAUUCAACAAUACGGAAUUUCCAAGAUCCAAACACAUUUGCAGUAGAAAAACAAAUGGUUAUUGAAAAUGCACGAGAAAAAAUACUAAGCAACAAAUCUCUUCAAGAAAAGCUAGCAGAAAACAUUAAUAAAUUUUUAACUAGUGAUAACAAUAUUGCUCAAGUACCUAAGCAAACAGAGAACAACCCUACUGAGCCAGAGACGUCAAUUGAUGAACUCCUAGGACUUCCGAGUGAAAUCCACAUGUCUGAAGAAGCUAUACAGGAUAUAUUGGAACAAACGGAAUCAGACCCAGCGUUUCAGGCACUCUUUGAUCUCUUUGACUAUGGUAAAACAAAGAAUAAUAAAAAUUUAUCACAAGGUAUUUCCAGUCAGCCUAUGGAAACCAAUCCCAACAUAGUCUUAGCAGAUGAAACUAAUCUAGCAGUUAAAGGUUCUUUUGAAACAGAAGAAUCUGUUGGUCAAUCUGGUCAGCCUCCAUUUUGUACAUCCUAUCCGAAUGAUGACCCGUUAAGUGCUUUAAAGAAUGACAACAACCAUGAUGUACUUAGACAAGAAGCCCAGGAAAGUUUUUCCCAAAUAAGCUCUGGCAUCCAGAAAAAGACCUUUAAGUCAGCCAUACCUACUGAACAGAAGUGUAACCUUGACAUUACCUUUGAAUCUGUGCCUAGUUUGAAUGACUUUAACCAAAGAGGAAAUUCUGAUGCUGAAUGUAAUCCUCAUUGUGCUGAAUUAUACACCAAUCAUAUAUCCACUGAAACUGAAAUGGCUAUAGAGAUUGAAAAGAAUCCUUUGUCUCCAAAUGUUCCAAAUGGAUCUCAGUUACAGCCCUCUCAUCCUGAUAUACCAAUAACUUCAUUUGUUUCACUUGGUGGUGAAACUAACAAUGAAAACUUAAUUCUUUCUGGGAAAGGUUCUCAACUUUUAUCCCAAAAUACUUCAUUAACUGGAAAGCCAUCUAAAAAAACUCAAUUUUGUGAGAGUUCUAAUGAUAUGAUAAGACUUAAAAGUAAUUUUCAUGGUCCCAAAUCAUCAGAGUCUGGUGAAAUUCACAAGAGUAAAAUUGAAAUUAAUAAUUUGUUACCAGUUAUGUCACAGUUGUCAGAUUGCCAAGAUAAUUCUUCACUUCAAAGUAAAAUAUUACCUGUAUCUGUUGAAAGUCCAAGUUUAAAUAUAUCUGGACAACAAGUAGAAAUUCAUCUUGGAGAUUCAAUUUCUUCAAUUAAACAGCCAUCUAAUGAUUCAGCAUCUGUUGAGUUAAAUCGUACAGAAAAUGAAAUCCAGCCAUCCAAGUCUGAAAAUGCACAGGAGCUUUCAUCUUCUGUAAAAGAAGACACUAUUUUUCUCUCUUUAGGUGGAAAUGAUAGCUGUGGGGAAGUUGCACUGAUGCCUCCAGCAGGUAACCCGAUAGAAAACGGUCACUGUCUUCCUUCAGAAUCUGUGUGUGCUUCGGUGGGAGAUUCUCACUCUGAGUCCCAAAAUACUAGCAAUAAACCUAGUGACAACUUAACAGAGAUAGAUACAUCAAAUAUCGUUUCUCUUAAAAUUAUUAUUAGUGACGAUCCAUUUGUUUCCUCAGAUACUGAACUUAACAGUGCUGUUUCUAGUAUCAAUGGAGAAAACUUGCCAACUAUAAUUUUGUCUUCUCCUACUAAGUCACCUACCAAAAAUGCAGAAUUAGUUAAAUGCCUGUCUUCAGAAGAAACUGUAGGUGCUAUUGUAUCUGCUGAAGUAGGGGAUUCCACCUCCAUGGAACAGAGCCUUUUAGCACUCAAACCUGAAGAUGUUACAGUAAACUCCACUCAAAAUGAAGAUGGCAUUGCUUUCUCAACCAAUGUUACACCGUGUGUUUCCAAGGAUGGAGGAUUUAUACAGUUGAUGCCAGCCACAAGUACAACUUUUGGCAAUUCAAAUAACAUUCUGAUAGCUACCUGUGUGACUGAUCCCGCAGCUCUAGGAACAACUGUAAGUCAGUCAAAUGUAGUGGUGCUGCCUGGAAAUCCUGCACCUAUGACUCCUCAGCCUCCACCACCUCAGUUACAGACACCACCAAGAUCAAACAGUGUAUUUGCUGUUAGCCCAGCUGUGUCACCAAGCUUUUCUCAAGGAUCUGCCAUAAUAAUUGCUUCUCCAGUCCAGCCUGUACUCCAAGGAAUGGUAGGAAUGAUCCCAGUGUCUGUGGUUGGACAAAAUGGAAAUACCUUUUCUGCUCCUCCCCGGCAGAUCCUUCAUAUGCCUUUGGCAGCACCCGUAUGCAACAGAAGUAUUCCUCAAUUGCCCGUCCCUCUAAAAUCUCAGAAGGCUCAGGGACUAAGAAACAAGACGUGUACAGGAAAACAGGUAAAUAAUUUGGUGGAUUCAUCAAUUCAUUCAGUUGGAUGUCAUACACAAAGAACUGAAGUUUCUGACAAGAAUAUGGCCACAGAUCUUGGGAAGAAAUUAGAAGAAAUCACAGCUCCCUUCCCAGUAGAGAGUACUGCUCCUGCCAGCAAACCAUUUGAAAGCCACAGGCGUGUGCUCUGUUUUGAUAGCACUGCUGCUCCUGUGGCUAAUCCACCAGGGCCCAGCCGUAAGAUGGUAUCCCAGAGUAAAGAAAAGAAUGCAGUUUCCUCUCCUAGUCUUGACUCACCCACUGUGUCCUCCACCUUAAAACCUUCUUCUAAUAAUGCACUCAAAAAAGAGAGAGAGAAACCUCCUGUACCUAAGGUUGUAUCUAAAUCAGAAGCAGACAUUAGCCGGCAUGCCACUGUGAGAGAAACUCAGUCAGAAAAGAAAGUUCCACCCACAGAAAUUGUGCUUGAAUCUUUCCAUAAAGCAACAGCUAAUAAGGAGAAUGAAUUAUGCAGUGACAUGGAAAGGCAGAAAAGUCCAGAAACAUCGAAGCUAUCUGUUGGGCAGCAAAACGGGGGUUUACGGAAUGAAAAAGCUAUGACUUCGCUGCAAGAACUGACCAAGAAACAAGGCACAUCUUCCAGCAGUAAAAAUGCCAUUUCAGUAGGUGCAACUGUGAAAGAUCUAAAACAAGAACAGACUAAACCUGCCAGUUCCUUGAUUCCCACAGACACGUUACAGGAUGUUCAGCGGCAUAGCCCAGGAAACAGGCUUUCAGAUACUAACGAUGUGCCCGUCCCCCGGGCACCUGGCUCAGGGACAGGGGAGAAACAUAAAGAAGAGCCUACAGAUGGCAUCAAAGCCCCCUCGAGUAGGCGUUUCGGAGAGGACAGUGGCACUUCCAAAGUCAUGCUCCCUCAUGUCACCGCAGACUUGCCUGCCUGCAGCCCUGCCAGUGAAACAGGCAGUGAAAACAGUGUCAACAUGGCUGCCCAUACAUUAAUGAUUCUCUCCAGGGCAGCCAUCUCUAGGACUACUUCAGCAACUCCUCUAAAAGAUAACACACAGCAGUUUAGAGUGUCUUCAAGGAGCACCACAAAAAAGCGGAAGAUGGAGGAAUCAGAUGAGCGUGAGCGAAACUCCCGUACUUCCAGUAAAAAUCUCGCGAAUUCAUCCAUUCCAGUGAAAAAGAAGAAAAUUAAGAAAAAGAAGCUGCCCAGUUCAUUUCCAGCUGGAAUGGAUGUGGACAAAUUUUUGUUAUCGUUGCAUUAUGAUGAGUAAACAUUCUGAACACUUAAGACCUGUAGCUGUUUAAAACUCAUAUCCCUUAAACUGAGUGUAGGGAAUGGGAUAGUGACAGAAUCUGAAAGCAUGACCUGCACUUUGUCCUGAAGUUUCACUUUAUGUAUCUAAAUCAUGCUGUUUCUGAAGCAGCUUCCUAGUUUGUAAAUAGACUCACUUGGUAUAUUUUUAUUUUGGAAAAAACAUUUGCAGAAAUGUAAGUAAAGCCAAUCUGCAAAACUGUAUAGCUUUGACAAUUGCAUAUUGUAAGUAUUGUGUAAAUAUUGUUGAAAUAGGGGUUAAAUCAACCUAAUGUUCUUACACUGUGUUUUUUUACUUCUUAUCCCAAAUUGUAAAGCUUAUUCAUCUGAAAUAGUUACUCACUUUUUUUGGAGAAAAAUGAUGCUUAUUCUUAUCAAUUGCCUUCAGUAAUUGUUCAACACGAUAUUUAAAUACAGAGCCACUAAAUACUACAAAAUGAUUAACCACCUGAACUGGCAGUAAAGUAUCUAAUCAGGAAUCAUCAGUUUGAUGGAUUUGUUUUCUGGAGUGAAUACUUUGCCACCCCUUCUUAACCACAGUAAAGAUUGUAUUUCUGUAAUUUUACACUUUAUCUAUUUCUUCUGGUUGUUCUGUUCUCUUUGUUUUAAAGAGAAAAUUUUGUAAACCAUUUAUUGAGUGUUCUGAUUUUUCAUGUAUAACUUGUAAGAUUUUUUUACAGAACUUUAAGUGGUUAGACUAUUGAGCCAUAAAAAGAUUGGUUUGUAGUAGUUGAGAUUUCUUGGUAUGUAUAUACUUUUCCCCUAAAUACUGGGGAUUUAAAGAAUUGCACUAAUUCAUAGAACUCUUUACAUUGUAGUGACCAAUGCACAUUUAAUUUAAAUCGUGUGUUCUGUGUUAAAGUUUGUGUGGAGGAUUAUCUUCUGGUGUCAUAUCCAUCAUAAGAUGUAAAAAGAUAAAUCAUAGUUUUAUAUUUUAAUUCAGUUUCUCCUAAAAUGGGGUGUGUUAAAUAACUAUAUCUACACUUAGAUAUAGUGCAUUGUCUGUGUGUCCCUUAAGUGUUUUAAAGAGUUACUCUCAAAAGGUCCUUAAGGGGAGUGAGAGAGGUGCCUUCUCUGUAUUAAACACACACAUCAGUCAAGUUGAAGAAUUGGUUUAAACUUUUAAAUGAGAACAGAAAUUAUAAUUAGUACCUGACCAAUUGUGCCUAGAUAUUAAAGUAUGUUCUCUUAUGUGCUUUCUGUUUAAAUAUCAGUAUAUUAGAGGUUUUUUUCCUGCAGGUGUAUACUUUGUUAGAGUCAUUUUUCUCAACCAUUUUUGUUUGUUUGUUUGUACUGGGCCUUUAUAAAAAAUAAAUUCAUCCUACUCUAACACUUAUCAUUUCUCAAUGCAAAAAUCAUGUCUUAAUUGUUGAACCUUACUGCAGAAAUUUGUCAUGUAAGAAAUUUUUAUGAUGUGGCAAUGGUCUAUUCCUAAGGAACUAAAUAUCGUAUAGUUAAUGUUUAUUUAACUCAGCUUGAUACUGUACUACAGUUAGGUUUGAAUAAAUGCUUUCUUUAACUUCAAAA